CCCUGCUCGUGGGACAGCCCCUGCCGUACCACAGGCGGCCGCUGGAGGCGCGGCGGAGACCUGCAUCCCGCUCCGCUAAAAGAUGUGAAAAUGGCGGAGCUACAAAUGCUUCUGGAAGAGGAGAUUCCUGCAGGACGAAGCGCUCUUCUAGACAGUUUUACCAACUUGGAGAGAGUAGCGGAAUACUGCGAAAGCAAUUAUGUCCAGUCUCCAGACAAGCAGAGGGCGCUGGAGGAGACCAAGAACUACACCACCCAGUCCCUGGCCAGUGUGGCCUACUUGAUCAACACGCUGGCCAACAAUGUUCUGCAGAUGCUGGACAUCCAGGUGUCGCAGCUGCGCCGCAUGGAGUCCUCCAUCAAUCACAUCUCACAGACGGUGGACAUCCACAAAGAGAAAGUAGCACGGCGAGAGAUCGGCAUCCUCACCACCAACAAGAACACCUCCCGCACACACAAGAUCAUAGCCCCGGCCAACCCCGAGAGGCCUGUCCGCUACAUCCGCAAACCCAUCGACUACAGCUUGCUGGACGACAUGGGCCACGGAGUCAAGUGGUUGCAAAGGUUUAAGGCCAGUGCUCAAAACAUGAAAACCGGAGGAGGUGUUCUCCCUCGCACCAACCCCCCCACACAGAAGCCCCCCAGCCCGCCCUUGUCAGGGAAAGGGACCCUUGGGCGCCACUCCCCCUUCCGGACGCUUGAGCCGGUGCGUCCACCCGUUGUCCCUAACGACUACGUCUCGAGCCCGACGCGCAACAUGGCGCACCCCCAGCAGAGCCCUGCUCGCACUGCAUCCGUUAAUCAGAGGAACCGCACGUACAGCAGUGGGAGCAGUGGGGGAAGCCACCCCAGCAGCAGUCGCAGCAGCAGCCGAGAGAACAGUGGCAGUGGCAGCGUGGGUGUGCCUAUCGCUGUGCCAACACCAGCCCCGCCCACAGUAUUCCCAGGUUCAGCCCCUCCCCCACCCAACACGGCCAAAUCUCCCCCUAACACUGCCACCACCCCUGGGCCACCUCCUUCUGUCCUAGACGGCCCCCAACAAGCCCCUAAUCCCACUGUAGAGAUCCCGCCUGUACCCCCACCCCCUCCUCAGCUCCCUGCCUCCAUGGCCCCCACAAGCACCGGCCCCGCUUCUUAUGGCAACCCUGCACAAGGUGCUCCUCAGUUCUACAGCAUGAACCACCCAGCGCAGCAGCCCCAGAACCCCCAGGUCGGGGGCUCCCUGCCGUUCCGUCGGCCCUCGUCUGUCACGGGCCAGCCCAACACAGCCCACCACAACCAGAGCCAGCUGAACGGGGGUCCACAUUUCGCCCAGAACCAAGCAGGCCCACACGCGCCCCCUCCCCCAUCCAUGCAGAUCACCCCCCAGCUGCCUCUCAUGGGCUUUGUGGCCCGAGUUCAGGAGACUAUCUCAGACGUCCCACCACCGCCUCCACCAGCUGACGAAUCGGUGUUUGAGGAGCCCACACCACCUCCUCCUCCACCUGAGGACUAUGAGGAGGAGGAGGAGGAGGAGGAGGAGGAGGAGGAAGAGGGGUCAGCGGUGGUGGAGUACACCGACCCCUACGCUGAGGAAGACCCACCAUGGGCCCCACGCAACUAUUUGGAGAAAGUGGUGGCCAUUUACGACUACUCCCGCGACAAAGAAGAUGAGCUAUCGUUCCAGGAGGGUGCCAUCAUCUAUGUGAUCAAGAAGAACGAUGACGGCUGGUUUGAGGGAGUGAUGAACGGGACCACUGGCCUCUUCCCCGGCAACUACGUGGAGUCCAUCAUGCACUACGCCGACUGAGCAGCCCUUCUCUGAUUCCGAGCGGGAGGAGAGUGUGGAGACUUGGAUCAGGCGGAGCAUGAUCUCCAUCCGAGCGAAGCAAAUCUGAAGGACAUGACAAACUGGGGGUCAUUCUUUCGACAUAGUUGUCGCCAUUGUAAAACAGCCACCGCUCUAAAUAUUAUCCUUCCUUGUAAUGUUUCUUUCCUUAUUUGACCAAACAGGAGUGUUGUUCUGUUAUAAAGCCACUACGUAUUUUUGUUGUUUACCAAUUUGCCCUUAUUUUAAACAAUAUUUAUUUGUAGUCUGAGAAAGGGCUGGAGGAAAAUGCCUUCGUGUGUAGAUUUCUCCUCAACACUCCAGAGACAACAAAAUCCUCAAUAAGUGGGGGGGGGGGGUACCUCAGGGAUGGUGCCAAAGCUGAGCAAACAUGACAAGCACAUGGCAUGCCUUAGCGCGACAUCCGCAGGCAAGCGAGUGCUUUAAAGUAGGAGUCCUGAUUAUUUUCUGCAAAGAUUAUUUGAUGAAAUGUAACGUUUCAGGCAGUCUGCUUGACUCAUGCUUCACUUUGCAAGCCGGCGUGCAAUUUUUCAAGUGAAGGAAUCCUCAUCCAGCCUUGGAAUAACAAGAGUUUUGGAAGUGCAGCAUUAUUUUAUUUUGUUUUUUUCCCCAGAGUUUCGAGGGUUUCUUUUAUGGUUUUGCUUGCAGAGCAUCAGACUGCAUGUUUUCUUUCCUAUUGAUUACUGUCUUAACAUUUUUCAGAUAUGGUGUGGUUUGGUUUUCUGUACUCGCCUUCUACGCAGACGACAACGUCAAAUCUCGGUCAUCUCUCAGAUGCUUGUGCCAUAUUGAAGUGCGUGUUGCUGUGCAGAGGUUAUAUCACUUCAUUUGCAAUAAAUUCGCUGGGGAUUCGAGGGUUGGACUGGUACUGAAAUGCAAAACUUUCUCAGCUUUUCCCAAGUUGUUUUAAAUCAAAAGCACAUAGGUUUAUAAUAAAAAGGUGUAGAAGAAGAAAUAAUAUAACUGUGAGAUGUAUCAUGUCCUCACAAAGGGACUUGUUCAAUAUGAAAAGAAGCCAGCUGUUGUGUUGAAAUGGUUUUAGAGGCCAUACAAAGAAAAAAAAUCACUUGUCCUCCGUAUACUUAAAUACGCUUGGCCGUUGGGUGUUUCCACCAUGUCGGAAUCUUUAUUUUUUAUUUUAAAAAGGAAAAAAAAAAAGAAAUAGGUGGGUCUGUAUGUGAGUCUUGCAUGCCAUUGUUCUUAUCUGUAAACCUACAUGGCGAGAUCACCCAUUUCUAAGAAAAAGAUGAGCAGCCCUGACUGGUAACAACCAGCCUCAUCCAAAGAGACUAUCCAAGUUCAAGCCCACGUCCGAGGAGUCGCUCUCUGACCUGAAAGUAGCCGUCAUUGCGUCACCUGUGGACCAUUAUGUGUAAGCUGCUAGUAAAUCCAGCAGGCGGGAUAUUACAUAACACUACAUGGAUGACACUAAAUGGUCAAAACUUACAUGUAAGGCCUUUGGCCUGCAGGAUUCACACCCUUCUGGAGUCACGGAUGUCCCUUGGGAUGUCAGGUUAACAGUCCAUAAUGCCAUCGUGUUGCACAGUUAAAGUUGAAUUGCAGAAGUAUCAUAUUUGUAAAAUCAUGAGAACAAAGACAAUAAAGUUAUUAAGAUUUA